CCGCCAGCUUGUAGACAACAAAAGGCGAACAGAACCGAGCCUUGUUUGUGGUCCGCAACUCCAGCGGCCACACUGCCUGCAUGCACGGGGAGACGGGGACAAAAAAGAAGUAAACGAUGCUCAUUCGUUGACGUUUUAGCUCUUUUUUGUGGCACAUUCAUUUGCUACUGCACCAACCCAUUCUCAUAUUUAUGUCCCGCCUUUGUUUUUUAUUAUCCAUUAUGACUUUACUAAACAUAAAGGUCCCACCGCCCGUUAAUACCCUGCUCGUAUGCGUCAAAGCAACAAAAAAGCGAUACAAUUGAAAGAAGUAUUCUCAUUUUAACUUUGCAAACAGAUCAAAGCAAAGAAAAAAAGUCAGUUCCGUGUACUUGUAGAAUGUAAUUACUGUACAUUGGCUUAUUUAUGCCUCGAGAUUGCUAAUUCAUGCUGCUCUUAAUAUAAAUGUACCAUAUAAAGAUCAUAUCAUUUAUUUCAAAACAAACUAAUAAUUGCGAUGCUUUCCAGUGAAUCAUUUGUCUUUUUUUUACACAUUUUUUUAGUCUGUUUAUACAUUUUGUCUAUUUAUUUAUGUAUUAGUCUCCUUCUAGCCUAUUAUUUACUUAUGUGAUAAUCCACCCAUUUGUUUAUGUACUGUAUUAAUCUCUUAAUGUGUUAAUCCGUCUAUUUAUCUAUUUCAUUUCUAUGUAUUCAUCUGUUUCAUCUACGUAUUAAUCCAUCUAUUUAUGUAUGAAACCAUCUACCUAUUUAAUUUCUAUGUAUGAAUCCAUCUAUUAAUUGAUAAGCAUUUAUGGACUAACGGUGAUGAGUGCCGCCAACAUUUCUUCUCAGCCUUUCUCACACAUCAGCUGACUUUUAUUGGGAGUAAUUUGGUGGAGAAAUCAAAGUUAAUUAGAGGAAUGAGGAGGAAUGGACUGGUGGAUCUUGCGUAGAUGGGUUCGGGCUGGUGGGUCUGCAGGGGGCGGGGGGGGGUCUCCAUCUCUGAUUGGUCGUCUCGUGCAGGAGCUGCAGGCUUCAUGUGCUGCUUAGGCGCCUCCCCGUCCCUCUAAAGUCCAUUAUAAUGCAACCAGCCCGCCUUUUAAGCACAAACCGAAUUUGCUUUCAUUUAGGCCCAUCUAGAUUUCCUAAAUAGGUUAAAGAAGGCAUAGAGAGGUGUGAGUGCGCGUGUGUGUGUGUGUGUGGGUGUGUGUGUGUGUAUGUGGAUGUGUGUUUUUCCCCUCCUCUCGCCCCCUGUUUUUUUCUGGGGUUAGUAGUAGUGGUAGUAGUACUGUAGUAGUGGUAUACUGUAGUAUCAGCGGUGAGCGAUGCUCUCUCACGCCGACCUCCUGGAUGCUCGCCUCGGUGAGUUGUCCUCGCCCAACUCGGCUCUUCAACUCUGCUGGAUGAAGGAUGCUGCGGAGCUCCUGGGUCACAGGGAGGCUUUAAAGUGCAGACUGGGCACCGGUGGACCGGAUCCGGGUCACCCCGGGGAGCUGGGCCCGGGCCAUGAGAGCGUGGAGGGGGCCACUUUGCUCCCGGGUGAGGACAUCAGCUCCAACGGAGGAGGAGGCUCUAACCCGGGCCAGGUGACCGGCAGCAAGGAGCAGGAGAAGCAGCAGAACAGCAGCAGCAACAACCAGCAGUCCGGAGGAGGGCCGCAGGCCCAGAAACAGAAGCGGCACCGGACCCGCUUCACGCCGGCUCAGCUCAACGAGCUGGAGAGGAGCUUCGCCAAGACCCACUACCCGGACAUCUUCAUGCGCGAGGAGCUGGCCCUGAGGAUCGGACUGACAGAGUCCAGAGUGCAGGUGUGGUUUCAGAACCGCCGAGCCAAGUGGAAGAAGCGAAAGAAGACCACCAACGUGUUCCGGGCCCCGGGGACUCUCCUGCCGACGCACCACGGCCUGCCCCAGUUCCCCUCCGCGGCGGCGGCCGCAGCGGCGGCCAUGGGCGACAGCCUGUGCUCCUUCCACGCCAACGACGGCCGCUGGGCCACGGCCGGAAUGGCCGGCGUGUCUCAGCUGCAGCUGCCGCCCGCACUGGGCCGCCAGCCGUCCAUGGCCCAGUCCCUGUCCCAGUGCAGCCUGGGCGCCGGUCCGCCUCCCCCCAACUCCAUGGGGCUGUCCAACAUGUCGUCCAACGGCUCCGGGCUGCAGUCGCACCUGUACCAGCCCACUUUCCCCGGCAUGGUGCCCGCCUCGCUGCCCGGGCCGACCAACGUGAGCGGCUCGCCGCAGCUGUGCACGUCCCCGGACAGUGACGUCUGGAGGGGGACCAGCAUCGCCUCGCUGCGCCGCAAAGCUCUGGAGCACACAGUCUCCAUGAGCUUCACCUAAUCGCUUCUUACCGCCACAUGUUGUAUUUAUUAUUAUUUAUGAUGAUUAUUUAUGCUUUCUUCCUUUGCAACCUCCCAUGACGGAGCAAUCACAGACGAGGCGGACUUCUUUUCUCCAUCCCGCAUGGCGGUUAUUUAUUUGUCUUGAUGGAAACGAACUGAUUCUCUUCACGCGCCUCUGCCUCCAUUGGUGCAGGACUGAUAAUGAUGAUGAUGUUUGUCCCGCGCCAUGGGGAGCCAAGUGGACAUUUUGACAGAAAGGAGGAAAGAAAAGAAAAAGACUGCAAGCGCUGCUGUCUUUCUUUACUCGCUCGUGAGGGGAACACUUGAAUUUAAACAAAAGAAGAAGAAGAAGACAGUGAAUGCUAAUGUGCAUAGGAUGUUUUGUGGUCACUUUAUGUGUUUAUGAUGAGCACAUUUUCCUGAAAUGUUCUGAGCCAUUUUUUCUCUUUCAUCUUUAUAUCAAUUUCAUGUAAAGAUGAUUAAAAUAAUAAUUAAACAAAA